AUGCCUUUAUGCCGUCGACACCAUCUCCUCCUAGUCCUUCUCCCUCUUCUUCUUCUUCUUCUUCUUCUUCUUGCUCCGAUCGUCGUCUCGAUCGGCUCGCACGACAGUGACAAAGAUUUCCACCCGCUUCUCGCCGCUCCGCGAACGCUUCCAGGCGUGCGAGUACGCAUUCUGCCACGUGGAUUGGCCUAUCUCAAUCAUGUUUGUCUCUCCGCCCAUUCGUCUGACUCGAAACCGUUCAGAUAGCCGCCAAUCUGCUCGCCGACCAGCUGCCGAGACUGGUCAUUCCGGACGUGGAGCACAUUCUGCCGAGCAACCAGGGAAACAUUUAUAUAUCAAGAAUCCGCCUCUCACGGUAGGGACCGCUUCGUGUUCUUCUCCUUUUUUUUCGCAUUCUUCGUACGCUCGCUCGUUGACAAGCCCGUUUUCCGCUGUUCUUUACACUUGACUGAUUGUGUGAUAUUUAUCUCUACGACAAGAUUUUCGUGAACUUUACGGUCUGUGUAAAGUGGAACUUUAUUUGGGCGGUUUAUGGGCCAACAAUCAAAACUUUCAUUCAUUCAAGAUUCCGUCGAGCAGAAUAUCAUCAGCUGAACUCGACGGCUCCGAACAAGCUGUCAUGGACGAUGCAGAACAUGGAUAUUGGGUAUGUUCGAGCUGAAAACUCAAAAAACAACGGAAUCAAUCUGAUUUCAGACUGCUCGGAGAUCUCAGCGGAUCCGUGAAUAUUGUGGUUCCACUGAACCUGACUGGACAAGUCGAGAUCCUCGCUCAAGGACUCACUUUUCAUUUGGAAUCUUCGGUAAAUACGUCGAAAGGAAUACAACCACAAUAGUUGGCUUUUUCUCCAGAUAGAAAAGGGAAUAAACGGUUCGGCGAAAGUGACGUCACUCUCCUGCUUGGCCACAAUCCGCGACGUCACCGUCACCAAUCACAACGGCGGACUCUUCGGACUCGCGGUGUCCGUGUUCAAGCAGGGCGUGUCGGAUAACGUGCGGCACAUGCUGCAAGGGAUUAUUUGCAAGAAAGUACGGAAAUAUAUUGACGAGGACGCGAACGAGAAGCUGGCCGAGGCGCAGACUUCCAGCAAACUCGGCGAUGCGCUGGAAACGAACGCGCUCCGAAUGAUAUCGGUCGGCGGGGAGGAGAACGCGCGAAUCGACGUGGCGAGCAUAUUCGAGCCAGCACUCGCUUCCAAGUUCUUCAUCGACUUCAGGUGAGAAGGGGGGAAACAAAUGUAAUUCAAACUAUUUUGUUCAGACUCAAAGAGCACCCGAUCUGCAGCGAGAACACUGUGGAACUCGGUUCCUGGGGCGAGAUCUCGUACAUGGGCCAGGGGGACACUCCGUUCGGACCGGUCGACGCCUCGUGGCCGGGCAGAUCUCCGUUCAAGACGAACGUCGUCGACUCGCUGACCAAUAAGGACUCGAUGCUCGAGCUCGUCGUCUCCGAUUUCCUCCCCAACUCUCUGCUCUACCAUGCUUACGUGUAGGCUCUAACUAACUUUUAAUCUAUCCUCUUACUUCCCCUUCAGUCAACGCUUCAUAAAAGUGCUGCUAACUCCGAAAACGAAAGGAGUCGCCUCUUUCCUCCGAACAUCCUGCGAAGGAUCCUUUUGCAUAUCCGAUCUCGCUCCUCAGCUCGCCGAGCAGUAUCCCAACUCGACGGUGGAGUUGGCGAUGAGUGCGACCAGAGCGCCGGCGAUUUUGUUCAGCGAAAAGAACGGAGGAACCAUUUCCAUCUCGAUGGGCGGUCUCGUCGUCGUGUUCGCAGUGAACGGGAAUCAACGUCGGCAGGUGAUUGUCGUGGAUUUGGACGUGGUCGCCGACGCCAAACUUUCUAUUCAAGUCAGUUCGAGAACGUUCUUUUUUUUUUCUUAAUACCAAUUCUCAGGGCCAUAAUGUAAGUGGGUCUGUGGAGCUCAGAAAGUUCGAAUUGAAGCGGCGGACGGGAACGGUGGACAUUUCGGACGCGGAAAUCGACGAUAUCGCCCUGCUCGUCAGUCAUUUAUGUGAAAACCUUCUCAACGGGCUACUAGUCAACGGAAUGCCGAUCCCAUUGCCACACGGUAAGUCUUGGCUCUUCGAGCUGCUCCGCACUGCUCACUUUUCCAGUACUUCGCAUCAAAGACAGCCACAUAAACGUGUUGAGCAGAAGAAUGCACAUCCAGGUCGACGUGGAUGUGGACGAACGACGCCUUUCAAAGAUCGCCUCGCAGACUUUCUUCAAAACUCCGCAGUUCUCCGAUGUGAACACCAGUCAGUUCUUCCUUUCCCCUUCAAUAUCGACCAUCUUCCGUUUCAGCUCCCAUCCGCCGAUUGGUCCGUCCGAUGGCGUUCCUCGACGGUCGACAACACAUUUCCCACUUCAACUUCAACAAUUGGUCAACUGAUACGGCAAAAUAA